UUUCAACCGGCGACUGAAACUCAGUGGUGCUCGCUCUCGCUAAAUCAUCGAGUAGGAAAGUCUCAGGCCGCAUGUGUGUUGUGAUAAAACUCUUACCCAUCGCUGACAGACAUAUUUACCACCGGUUUUAAGGUGUUUCGAGAAAAGUCGAGGGUUUAUUGUUAAUAACCGAAGAAGUAAAUAACAGAAGAUGCCCAAGAAAGCCAAAGAAGACCCAGAAUGGGAAGGAGAAGAGGGAGCAGCACCAGCAGCGGCGGCAGAAAAAUCUGUAAAGAAAGGAAAGAAGGAUAAGAAAGGGAAGAAAAGUUUCUUUGAGGAGCUGGCCACAGAUAACAAAACUGAGAAGGAUGAUGAACCUGUGGUAAAGGACACUCAAGGAAAUAAGAGUCAGAAAAAGAAGAAAGACCGGCGAAAAGGUAGGGGCGGAGACGCCACUGAUGACAAUGAGGAGGAUAUGAUGGAGAAACUGAAGAAGCUGUCUGUGCAAGCCAGCGACGAAGAGGAGGAGGAGGAAGAACAGGUUGUGGCCCCCAGAAAAGGCAAAGGAAAUAAGGGCGGGAACAUCUUUGCAGCUCUCAUUCAGGGAGACAGUGAUGAUGGAGGGGACGAUGAUGAGGACGAAGACGAGAUCCUAAAGAGGGAGGUUGAGAAGGUGCUUAAGGGCAAGAAAAAAGAUAAACCUAAGCCAAGCGCUAAGACUCCCUCCGACGAUGAGGCUGGGGAAGAGAAGAAAGAUGAGGAUGAGAAGAGAGCUGUGAAAAAGGGCAAGAAACCAGAAGCUAAAGCAGCCGUGACUAAGGCACCAGAAGAGGAUGAAACGGACAAGCCUCAGCAGAAGAAAGGCAAGAAGGAUCAGCCCAAGAGGAUGAAUAAACCAGCUCGCCCGCCUCGCAGCGAAGAUGAGGAAGAGGGAGAAGAUGACGAGAACGACACAAUGAAGUCUGCCGAAGACGUGAUCGCAGCGCAGGAGCUGGAUAAAGACGACCCCUUCGCCAACAUGAGCAAGAAGGAGAAGAAAAAGAAGAAAAAAUUGUUGGAGUAUGAGAAGCAGGUGGCCAGUGUCCGCGCUGCCAACGCCAUGGAGGGAGACUUCUCUGUGUCCCAGGCCGAGUUGUCUUCCAGACAGGCCAUGCUGGAGAACGCAUCCGAUAUCAAGCUGGAGCGGUUCAGUAUAUCAGCCCACGGGAAGGAGCUCUUUGUCAACGCAGAUCUCCUGAUUGUGGCGGGGAGGCGCUACGGUCUGGUGGGACCUAACGGGAAGGGGAAGACCACACUCCUGAAACACAUCGCCAACAGAGCUCUCAGUAUCCCCCCCAACAUCGAUGUGCUUCUCUGUGAACAAGAGGUGAUAGCCGACGACACCCCGGCAGUCCAGGCUGUGUUGAAGGCAGACACCAGGCGUCUGAAGCUGCUGGAGGAGGAGAGACAACUCCAGGCUCUGCUGGAGAAGGGAGAAGACAGCGUGGCUGAGAGACUGGAGAAGGUAUACGAGGAGUUGAGGAUCAUCGGGGCGGCUGCAGCCGAGGCUAAAGCCCGUCGGAUCCUGGCUGGUCUGUCCUUCACCCCGGAAAUGCAGAACAGAGCCACCAAGAAGUUCUCUGGAGGUUGGAGGAUGAGAGUCUCAUUAGCCAGAGCUCUGUUUAUGGAGCCCACCCUUCUGAUGUUGGAUGAACCCACCAACCACCUGGACCUCAACGCUGUCAUCUGGCUCAACAACUACCUGCAGGGUUGGAAGAAGACUCUCCUCAUCGUGUCUCACGACCAGAGUUUCCUGGAUGACGUGUGUACUGACAUCAUUCAUCUGGACAACCAGAAACUCUACUACUACAGAGGAAACUACUUGACAUUUAAGAAGAUGUAUGUGCAGAAACAGAAGGAGCUCCAGAAACAGUAUGAUAAACAAGAGAAGAAGCUCAAGGAUCUCAAGGCUGGAGGAAAGUCCACCAAACAAGCUGAGAAGCAGACCAAGGAGGCCUUGACCAGGAAGCAGGCAAAGGGAAAGAAGAAGGGAGGAGUGGAGGAGGAGAGCCAGGAGGCCACAGAGCUACUGAAACGGCCCAAGGAGUACACUGUCAAAUUCACCUUCCCCAACCCCCCUCCCCUGUCCCCGCCCAUCCUCGGGUUGCAUAGUGUGGACUUCGCCUUUGAGGGACACAAACCCCUCUUUAAGAACGUGGACUUUGGUAUCGACAUGGACACAAGAAUUUGUAUAGUUGGACCCAAUGGAGUAGGAAAGAGUACCCUGUUACUGCUGCUUACUGGCAGGUUAACCCCGAACAAGGGGGAGAUGAGGAAGAACCAUCGUCUGAAGGUGGGCUUCUUCAACCAGCAGUAUGCUGACCAGCUGAACAUGGAAGAGGCACCGACGGAAUACCUGCAGAGGAACUUCAACCUCCCCUACCAGGACAGCAGGAAAUGUCUGGGACGCUUCGGACUGGAGAGCCACGCGCACACUAUCCAGAUCUCCAAGCUGUCAGGUGGUCAGAAGGCCAGAGUGGUGUUCGCUGAGCUGGCGUGUCGGCAACCGGACGUUCUCAUUCUGGAUGAGCCUACUAACAACUUGGACAUCGAGUCCAUUGAUGCCUUAUCGGAAGCCAUCAAUGAGUACAAAGGGGCGGUGAUCAUCGUGAGCCACGACGCCCGGCUGAUCACAGAGACAUCCUGUCAGCUGUGGGUGGUGGAGGACCGCUCCGUCAACCAGAUCGACGGGGACUUUGAGGACUACAAACGGGAGGUCCUGGAAUCACUGGGGGAGACCCUGGUCCAUAAGGUCAAGGAAUGAACCACCCACCUGCCAGAGAACCAGGGCUGACCCCAAAUGGCACCCCUUUCCCUACAUACUUUGACCGGCACUAAUUAUGGGCCCCUGGUCUUAUGGGCAAUUGGAGGCCAUUUCAAGUGGACCCAAUGAGGACAUGACAAUGCAAUAUAUCCUAACGCUGAAACCACGCCAUGUCAUCUGCUCCUGGGGUACAUCUCUAUGCUAAAGUGGCUUCCCUUCCUUCCUUCAUUUUAUUGGAGGAGGCAUGGACAAAGGAAGCCACGUUUGACAACCGAGACACACCCUGGUCAAUUUUAGUAUCCUCUCGGCCUAUAAGACGCAUACAUUUCCAAUACAAGUCCAAAUCCCCCCCCUUGUCCUAAAACACACCUUUAGAUCUGAUCAGAUCCAAGAGAGUCUUUGUCUUUGAGGCAACUGGGUGAAUUGGACAUUUAGAUUUGCCAAGCUGGCAUGUUUCACCAAUGUAACAUGGGACAGUGUGACAGGAGAAACAUUUUAAAGGAUUAAAGAAUGGCUAAACCUUAACACCUGUGGCUCCUUACAGGACAGAAGCUCCAACUGACUGGGAAUAAACCAGUUCAUAGCUGUAAAAUCAAGUAUUUACUACAAGCAAAAAUGAAAAUAAAAUGAUUUUGCAUCUUAA